UCACUCACUCACUCAUGGUCUCAACAAAUAAACAAAGAAAUCAAACACAAGUAGUAAUUAGCAAUGAAGAAGAAGAACAUGGCAGUAAUAGUGUUGUUAGCUUGUGCUUAUGAUCUCCUCUUAAUCCUCAGCCUUGCUGCUGCCAAUGUCCAAAAUGGCUUAACUACAGAAUGUCUCGACGGUGGUAAUGAUAAUGAUAAUGGUAAUGGUAAUGGUAAUGUUUCUUCCAUUCCUACUCUUCAGUUAAAAUUUUACCAAAAGUAGUUGUCCUCAAGCUGAAGAUAUAGUUUUCGCCGGAGUUCAACAAGCUGUCUCCGGUGAUCCUCGCAUGGCCGCUUCCCUCCUCCGUCUUCAUUUCCAUGACUGCUUUGUUCUUGGAUGUGAUGCAUCUGUUCUGCUUGAUGAUACACAAAACUUGGUAGGAGAAAAAACAGCCGGACCGAACCAGAAUUCAUUGAGAGGGUUCGAUGUAAUUGAUUCAAUCAAGUCCGAACUUGAGUUAACAUGUCCUCAAACUGUAUCAUGUGCUGAUACCUUAGCCAUUGCAGCAAGAGACUCUGUACUACUGUCAGGAGGGCCCACGUGGGAGGUGGAGAUGGGAAGGAAGGACAGCAGAACAGCAAGCCUUAACGGAGCAAACAAUAACAUACCGGGUCCAAAUUCCACACUAACAAUUCUUAUCAACAAGUUCAACAACGUUGGUCUUUCCUCCAAAGACAUGGUUGCCCUUUCUGGAGCACAUACCAUUGGAAAAGCAAGGUGUGCGACGUUCACCGGAAGACUCUCCGGCAGUAACAACGCUGGCGAACCUCCGAUCACUAACACCGAGUUCAUCCAAUCACUACAACAACUUUGCACCGGCGGUAGCUCGACAUUGGCCACCCUUGACUUGACCACUCCGGCCACCUUCGACAAUAACUAUUACUCCAACAUCCUCUCCGGCCAAGGCCUUCUACCGUCCGACCAAGCCCUUUUGACCGACAAUGCUGAUAUCGCCCUCCUUGUUGAAGCCUAUGCCAUGGAUCCAUUUGCAUUCUUCGAUGACUUUACUAAGGCUAUGGUUAACAUGGGAAGGCUUGGUAUGGCCGGAGAGGACUCCGGUGAGGUUCGGAGGAAUUGCAGGUUUGUCAACCAGUAGUAGAAGUAGUAAAGAUGAAUCAAGUCUAGUUCUAAGUCCAGGUCUAUGUUUAUGUGUGCCUAUGUUUGUUUGUUGUAACUUGUAAGACUAGUGAAAAUGUUUCUAGGGUUUGGUUUAGGGUUUGCAUUAGGGUUGGGUUUGUGAUGAAUAAAGAUGCAUGGUACUUACUAUUUAGGGUUUGUUGAAGGUUUGUAGAUGUGAAAUUUGGAAGUCAAUAUAAUAAACCCAUAACAUGUUAUAUCA